UUGGUGGAACAAGGAGCAGGGAGAUCAUCAACCACCGAAUUGGUGCUAUCUUGAAGCUUCAAAUAGUGAUUCUAGCCAAGGAUCCGAAGAUGAAGAAACAAUCCCUUUCUAUGGGCAUCAAGAAGACUUCCCCGACUUUCAAGCCUCAUCAUCAUAUCACGAAAACUUCCUUCCACAAUCGGAGCCCAAAAGCCAAUUGGAGCUAUUGGUUGAACAAUUUAUCCAAAACACCGAAGAGAGAUCCAAUGUGGAAUCUUCGACAACCACCCCUAUUGAAUUAUCUCUUCUAAGGGCAUCGGAGGAGACCCUCCGGAAAAUGGAAGACUAUGAGAGGUUGUUGGGCCAGUAUGUGCACAACUUGCUCACAAUCGACCUUACCCAUCAAAGAAGAGAAGAAGGCCGAAGAGGAAAAUGUGGAGACUAUAGGGACAUCCAACCCUUCCUUUCAAAAGUUCCUCAAUGAACAACGAGAAUUCGGCAAGAGGUGGGAAGCCACACAAAAAGAGAUCGAACAAAUUUGUUCGGGACUCGAACAAGUACACCUCUUGGACGAUAAAGAUGAAUAGGAAAGCGAGGAAGAGGACGAAGUCUCCACGGUGGGCGAGAAAGAGGACAUUGAAGAUCAAUCUAUUGAAGAACUUGCUUGGAGACACAUCAAAGCUCCCGAUCAACAAAGAGCGGAUUUACAAGAGAGCCUUGAUGUGGUGGAAGACGAACUUAAGGAGGAGAACGAAGUUGAUAUUCAAUGUGGGGAAGAAUUGAAUGAACAAGAAAGAGAGAAGGUUGAAGACGCAUUUGAAGUCCAACCAAUGGACAAGGUCGAAGUGGAUAAAGCUUCCACGAGUUCGCUUACUCCUUAAGCUUUUCACCCGACCUUGAUAGACAUUUAGAGAAGGAUCCUUUUGCGGAUUCUCUUUGCCAAGAUGAGGCCACGACGCCACUAAUACCUCUUGGUGAAUACGGUGAUGACCCUUCGAAAAUGCUUGAUUUGGUUCGGGGCAAAGAGAAACAAAGAAGAAUUGAAGAGAGGUUUCAUUGGAGGUGUCUCAAGCAUUCUUAUCUACAUGAACCUUCACCGAAUGAUCGCGAAAUCGAUCGAGACUUGAGAAUCCACUUAAUCGAUGAAAACCUCAACUUCAAGGAGGACUUGAAGACAACGGUUUGGUGAAAUGACCUAAAAGACACCCUAGUUGGGAAGUACCUCAACAUGGGUUUGCAUUUAUUUUCUUUUGCGGCUCUCUUAUUUAGAAUAAAUUUUUAUUGUAAAU